GUCAGCAGUCUUAUUUUGCAUGUGGAAGAAGCUCAUACGCUCCCAGUAAAGCAUUUUACUAAUCCGUAUUGCAACAUCUACCUGAACAGUGUCCAGGUAGCAAAAACACACAUCAGGGAAGGGCAGAACCCUGUGUGGUCAGAAGAAUUUGUCUUUGAUGAUCUUUCAUCUGAUAUUAAUAGAUUUGAGAUAAGUCUUAGUAACAAAACAAAGAAAAGUAAAGAUCCAGAUAUAUUGUUUAUGCGUUGCCAAUUAAGCCGAUUACAAAAAGGACAUGCAACAGAUGAGUGGUUUCAACUCAGUUCCCAUGUACCAUUAAAGGGUAUUGAGCCAGGAUCUUUGCGUGUUCGAGCACGAUAUUCUAUGGAGAAGAUCAUGCCAGAAGAGGAGUACAGUGAAUUUAAAGAGCUUAUACUCCAGAAAGAACUUCAUGUAGUCUAUGCCUUAUCACAUGUUUGUGGACAGGAUAGAACACUGCUGGCUGGCAUUUUAUUGAAGAUUUUUCUUCAUGAAAAGCUUGAGUCCUUGUUAUUACGGACGUUAAAUGACAGGGAGAUAAGCAUGGAAGAUGAAGCUACUACCUUGUUUCGUGCCACCACUUUAGCAAGUACACUUAUGGAGCAGUAUAUGAAAGCCACAGCAACAAGUUUUGUUCACCAUGCACUGAAAGACUCUAUAUUAAAGAUAAUGGAGAGCAAGCAGUCCUGUGAGUUAAAUCCCUCAAAGUUAGAAAAAAACGAAGAUGUAAACACUAAUUUGGCACAUUUACUCAGUAUACUUUCAGAAUUGGUGGAGAAAAUAUUCAUGGCUGCAGAGAUACUGCCUCCGACAUUGAGGUAUAUAUAUGGGUGCCUACAGAAGUCCGUUCAAAACAAGUGGCCAGCUAAUACCACCAUGAGAACCAGAGUUGUUAGUGGCUUCGUUUUUCUUCGACUGAUUUGUCCUGCUAUCCUGAACCCAAGGAUGUUUAAUAUCAUCUCAG